GUCAUCAUGGCCCAAGCUUGACUUGCAUCCACAUUGACCGCCACAACAGCCACCAAACGCAUUCGAUCGGGCGACAACGUUCCCCUCCAACCACAACAACUCACACACACCCCCGCCUCAAUUGAAGGGACAAAAAACCGAAUUCCGUGACAAACCGAAGGCUACACCUGCGUACUGCCCUAGAUACAUUCCGAAGAAAAGCGAACCACGUCGUCCAACAUGAAGCUCCUCGUCUCCCUGUCCCUCCUGGCCUCGGCCGCCGUGACCGUUCUUGCGGCCGAGGAGCUUGGAAUCGAAGUCACCCAGGCCGUCAACUGCGAACGCAAGACCAAAACCGCUGCUGACCAGCUUCGUGCCUUGUCCAACCGCUACAGGAAUGGCGACACUGUGCACAUGCACUACAAGGGCACACUCCAGUCUACUGGUGACAAGUUCGAUGCCAGCUACGAUCGGGGCACUCCCUUGGCCUUCCAGCUUGGAACCGGCCGAGUUAUCAAGGGCUGGGAUCAGGGAUUGUUGGACAUGUGCAUUGGCGAGAAGAGGACAUUGACUAUCCCACCAUCGUUGGGCUACGGUGCCAAUGGCAUUGGUCCCAUUCCUGGCGGCGCAACACUCAUUUUUGAAACUGAGCUCGUCUCGAUUGAUGGUGUUGAGAAGCCUGAGAAGAUCGACUACGUCACCAAGGCUGAGGAGGCCGCGUCGAAGGCGACUGAGAAGGUUGCUGACAAGGUUGCGGACAAGAUCAAGGAAGCCGCAGAGGUGGUCAAGACUGUCGUCGCUGACUCUGAUGACGCUGGUCAGGAGCACAACGAGCUCUAGGCUGGCACCUUGUCACACUCAGGUCUUUACAUGACAGGUUCGCGUGGAUCUUGAGGCUAUGUAGCAGGACUUGGCUAAUCAUAUGCCAGUACGUUUCACGAUUAGUGUGGUGUGCGCAUAUGUGAACGCUGCACAAGUCCCAGCGGGGAGUUAUUCCCGAUCCUGUUAGCUUGUGUAACUUCGACGAAACAAUACACGCCAGUUUCUAUCCAUGAUUGCUUUCCUGGAAGUCUUUUGUUUGAUUCAUCACGCACGCUGUCUGUAUCAGCUCGAAGUGGGCUCUGGACAAGCAUGUUGUGCCGAAGGCGAUACUCUGGAUAUGCUGCAUUCCUUGGCGAAUGUUAGUUGAUAUCGACUGAUUGGGAAACAGAUCAUGUCAUUUUAUAUGUCGUAUAAUCCCAGGAGCUGUCUGACGAGUCAUUGGCACCGGCGUGAACCUUAUUCCAUCCAACUGCAACGAAAUAG